AUGGCGAGGAAAUUCGUUCCUCGGCAGAGGAAGCACAAGGUGCUCGCCCGGGAGAAGGCGGCUCGUGAAAAGGCAGCGGCCGACGCCAACGAGGAUGUCGUCGAGCAGCAAGACAGCAAUGCGCUCGAGAUAGUGCCGUCAUCAACCACAGAGCGCGCAGAGAAGAAGGCGCGCAUGAAGGAGGAGCUCAAAGCGCCCGGCGUCAAGGUCAGCGGCAAGAAGGCCAAGCGCCUGGAGAAGUACAUUGAGAACAAGCUCAAGAAGGACGAGACCCGGGAGCUGCUUGCGAAGCUCGCUGAGAACAGGAUCGACACGAGCCUGUUCUCGAGUGCGCGGUCUCUAGGGCAGACCAAGGAGACCAAGAAGGAGGCGCUGAGGCGCAAGUUCCGGGAACGCAAAGCUGGGCUGACGACUGGUGAGGAGAGCGAGGAGGACGAGAAGGGAGGGCAGUCUCGGACUGAUGAGGAUUCCUCAGAUGAAUCUGAGGCAAUUCCGACGCCAAUCUUCACUUCUGCCACGCAGACUACCAAGCGCGCCAAAGGAACGAAGAAACAGCAAAGCGCACCUGCCCCUCAAGAUGUCUCCGACACAGAGGAUAAGGUUGACGACAAAGGAAGCUCAGAGGUCUCUACUGCGCCGGCGAAAUCCCUUUUCUCCUCAGCACCAGCAGGAUCGGGCUUAAAGCGCCCGUUGGAGACUGAUGACAGUGGCCGGCCUGUACUGCAGAAAAGGCAAAAGCGUGGCGGUGUUAAAUCCAAGUUCACUAUACAACCUCAAGUGGAUAUGGUCAUCGAUGAUCAAUCCGGAUCCGAUGAUUGGAAUGGCUUCGAUUCUGAUGACGCCUCCGCUAGUGCUGGCGAGAGCGAUGAAGCUGCAGCGGAAGACGAGCCUGAUGACUCAGAGGAUGACGAAGAGGAGGAGGACGACGACGACGUUUCCGAUGAAAGCGGAUCGGAUGAAGGAGAGGACGAAGACGAGGAGGAAGAAGAAGGGACAACAAAGAGACCAUCUGCGUUCAAGGCCUGGGCCCAUAGGCAACGGAACGAAGCUCUUGGUUACCAGUCUGUGACGGACACACCCGCGAUCUUGGACAUACCGAGGCCAGAAAAUUUCACGCCCAGGCCAGUAGAGCAGGAACCGCUACCACCAGAGCUGCAGCAGACGAAGAACAUUGGCAGAAAGGCAUACAGCGUCACAGUCACCAGAUCUCCAGAGAUCCAAACUGCUCGGCUCGCCCUCCCUGUUGUCGCCGAGGAGCAGAAGAUCAUGGAAGCUAUUCACAACAACGACAUUGUUGUGGUCUCCGGUGCUACUGGAUCUGGUAAAACCACACAAGUGCCCCAGUUCCUGUACGAAGCGGGCUAUGGCUCUCCCGAGUCCCCCACCCCUGGGAUGAUCGGUGUCACACAGCCUCGUCGAGUGGCCGCAGUCAGCAUGUCGAAGAGGGUCGCUCAAGAGCUCGGCGAUCAUUCCCAUAUCGUCGCUUACCAGAUCCGCUUCGAGGGCACGACAGACAAGAAGACGGCCAUCAAGUUCAUGACCGACGGUGUGCUUCUCCGCGAGGUGGCACAGGAUGUGGCCCUUCGGAAAUACUCAGCAAUCAUUAUUGACGAAGCCCACGAGAGGAGUGUCAAUACCGACGUACUGGUCGGCAUCCUCAGUCGCGUCAACAAGAUUCGGAAAGACCUCGCCGAGAACGGAGAGUCGAUCAAGCCCUUGAAGCUGAUCAUCAUGUCUGCCACUUUGAGGCUUGGAGAUGUGACGCAGAACCCAAGACUGUUUGCCGAACCCCCUCCAGUCCUGAACGUGGAAGGGAGGCAAUUUCCGGUCACUGUCCACUUUUCGAGAAGAACCCAGCAUGACUACGUUGAGGAAAUGUUCCAAAAGAUUAGUCGAGGUCAUAGGAAGCUGCCUCCGGGAGGUAUUCUUGUCUUCUUGACUGGUCAGAAUGAAAUCCAUCAGCUCAGUAAGCGACUCAAGAUGGAGUUCAACGGCGUUACUUCUGGAAACGGACCCAAGGUCAGAAUCUCAGCAAGCGAAGCGCCAUUUGAGGCAGAGGACGUUGACUUUGGAGAUAUCGAAGACCAUGAGGACUAUAACGAGGAAUCAUCCGAAGACGGCGGAGAUGAGGCCGAAGAAGAUGAGUUCUUGAUCGAGGACGAGGAAGCAGGGACUGGGCCUUUGCGUAUGAACGUCCUGCCGCUGUACUCUCUGCUUCCAACGAAAGAGCAGCAACGUGUGUUCGAUCCGCCUCCUGAAAACACUCGCCAAGUCAUCUUGGCCACAAACGUUGCCGAGACAAGUCUGACAAUCCCCGGGAUUCGGUACGUUUUUGACUGCGGCAGAUCGAAGGAACGCCGUUAUGACAAGAUCUCUGGUGUCCAGAGUUUCGAGGUUGGUUGGAUCAGCAAAGCUAGUGCCAAUCAGCGGUCUGGCCGUGCUGGUCGUACUGGCCCUGGUCAUUGCUACAGACUGUAUUCUUCGGCUGUCUAUGAGCGGGACUUCCCAGAGUUUGCUGAACCUGAGCUUCUGAGAAUGCCAGUUGAGGGCGUGGUGCUGCAGCUCAAGGCAAUGAAGAUCCCGGACGUUGUGACCUUCCCUUUCCCGACACCGCCCACUCGCCAGAGCUUGGUGAAAGCAGAGAGGCUACUCAAGUGUUUGUCAGCCAUCUCAACGGAAGGUCAAAUAUCCAAGAUUGGCACAACGAUGUCCAUCUUUCCUCUGGCGCCGCGUUUCGCCAAAAUCCUGCUCCUUGGCUCACAGGCCGACUGCAUGCCGUAUGUCAUAGCCAUGGUGGCUGGCCUGUCGGCUGCUGAGGUCUUCGUACCCCUGAAUCACGCUAUCCCCAAACUUCCAGAGAAAGAGGAGGGUGACUUCCGAACAGAAGAGGAUAUCCAGGCGGAGAACCGACAGAAGGCAGUUCGAAAUGCGUACGGCGCGGCUCACCGAGGAUUCUGCUCGCUCGACGGCAAAUCAGACGCCAUCAAGCUGCUGAAGGUCGUGGGAGAGUACGCACACGAGCCCACAGAGCAGUGGUGCGAGAGUCAUUUUGUCCGGUACAAGGCUCUCAAGGAGAUCCAGCAGCUGCGGUACCAGAUCGCCACCUUGCUCAAGACCAACAUUCCUGCGUUCGCCAACAUCAAAUUCGAGGACAAGCUGGACCCACCAGACCAACACCAGAUCAAACUCCUGAAGCAGAUGGUCGCCGCCGGUUUCAUCGACCAGGUCGCGAUCCGCGCCGACCUGUCUCCGUACCCUCCAGAGGUGCACCGGAAACCCAGCCGGGCCAUCGACGUACCUUAUCUCCCCCUCCUCCCUCUAGAAGGAGAGGCUCCCGCGGACGACCAGGACAGACUCGUAUACAUCCACCCCGAGUCUCCGCUGUCGCACCUCAGCGUCCGCGAGUGCCCAGAGUACAUCGUCUACGCGUACCUGCAGCGCGGCGCCGCGAGCGUCGACGGCGAGAAGCGGCCCAAGACGCGCAUGCACGCGCUGACGGACGUGACGGGCGCGCAGCUGGCGGCGCUGGCCAAGGGCACGCCGCUGGUCAGCUACGGCAAGCCGACCAAGGAGGUCAUGGGCUCGGGCAAGGACUACGGCAAGGUCAGGGAGUGCUGGGUCGUGCCGUACCUGCGGGCCGAGGGCGCGGGCGGCGGCAUGGGCUGGCCGCUGCCCAUGGCCAAGAUCAAGCAGCGGAAGGUUCCCGGCAAGGGGUGGGUCGUGGAGUAG